GAACCAUCUUAUGUGGAAGUAAGACUGAACAUUUGCAGACUGCUGGCUCUUGUUCCUGUGUCCCCCUUUAAGAUUUCCUACUCAUUAGUGAAGCCUGCAAGAACAACCACCUGAUUUGGCAGCAUGAAGCCUGUUGUUGUUGUUCAUGGUGGAGCUGGCCGCAUCUUUAAAGAUCGGGAAGAAGGAGCUCGUUCAGGUGUUACCAGAGCAGCACUGAAAGGUUACAGUAUCCUUAAACAAGGAGGCAAUGCAUUAGAUGCAGUUGAAGAAGCAGUGACAUCAAUGGAAGAUGAUCCACAUUUUAAUGCAGGCUGUGGAUCUGUUUUAAAUGAGAAGGGUGAAGUAGAAAUGGAUGCCAUUAUCAUGGAUGGAAAAAAUCUAGCCUCAGGAGCAGUAUCUGCAGUUAAAUGUAUAGCUAACCCAAUAAAGCUUGCUCGUCUUGUCAUGGAAAAGACAGAGCACAUGUUGCUGACUGACCAUGGGGCAAAUCUUUUUGCCAAGGCCAUGGGUGUUCCUGAGAUUCCAGGGGAGAAACUUAUAACGGAAAGAUCCUGGGAGAGAUGGAACAAGAACCUUGAGCCAGAUUCUAACCCUCAUGAGUUUAAAAAAGACCCUGGAACAGUUGGUGCCGUUGCUAUAGACAAUGAAGGAAACGUAGCUUGUGCAACAUCCACUGGGGGACUCACUAAUAAACUGGUUGGCCGAGUCGGUGAUUCAGCAUGCAUAGGAAGUGGAGGCUAUGCUGAUAACCAUGUUGGUGCCAUCUCUACCACAGGACAUGGAGAAAGCAUGAUGAAAGUGGUCCUAGCCCGACUUAUUCUCUAUCACAUGGAACAAGGAAUGUCACCGGUGGACGCUGCUGACACUGCAUUGAAUUAUAUGAAAACAAGAGUGGGUGGAUUAGGAGGUGUCAUAGUUGUCAGCAAUUCAGGGGGCUGGGCAGCAAGGUUCUCCACCAAGCAGAUGUCUUGGGCUACAGUGAAGGAUGACCAAUUGCAGUAUGGCAUUUACACAGGGGAGAUACAUACGAGCUCUGUUGCAGAAGCACUUGAGUCCAAGUAAUUCUGGGGAUGAAGAAAAGUGGACAGUACAGCAGGACAAAGAUCUCAGUCUUCAUGGGGAGCAGUGAAAAUUGAUGUUAUCUUUCUAAAAAGAUUUACCCUCUAUUAAAUAGUCCCAGAAUUCACCACUUUUUACAAGCAAACCGAAACCCAGAAGCACUGGGCUUAAAGAUGACGGAUGUGGAUAUAGUGAUCAAUUAAAUGUCUCUAGAAAGC